CAGCGCCAGACCACUAAAAACAGUCCUCUCAGGGAGUGGGUACUUUUGAGUCUUCCAAAACGGCAUAUUUGAGCUACCGUCCAUUUCGUAUCCCUGAAAGUGGGGGUCUUGCGAUUCGAAGAGUCCGUCGGCUUUACAGAAUGUUUCGAAUGUAAAGCCGACGAUGCUGCGUCGUGGAGUUUAGGUGCUCCGCCGAUUGUAAGUAGAUCGCACGAAUAGCUGAGGGAUUGAGAGGAGUCUUACACGAAUAUAUAUACGCUGUCCAGGUCUGUCAAUACCGAUACUUAUCAACAUCAAAAUCCCAUCGUCUUCAUUCUUCACUAUUAAGAUUUUUAUCAUUAACAUCUAGACAUCACCAUGGUUCAAAUUCUAGGAAAGGAAGUCGGCAAUCUGGGCUACGGCCUUAUGGGCUUAACCUGGAGACCUGUUCCCCCGCCUUUGGACCAGGCCCUGGAGGCAAUGCACACUGCGCUUGAGAAAGGCUGCACUGUGUGGAACGCUGGCGAGUUUUACGGAACACCAGAGUACAACAGCAUGACCGUGCUUAAGCACUACUUUACCAAGUACCCCGAGGACGCCGACAAGGUCACCCUUUUCAUCAAGGGUGGCGUGGUUCCCGGGCAAUUUAGCCUGGACGGGUCGCCCGAAGGCGUUCGGAGAUCACUCGACAACAUCAUCGCUCAGCUUGGUGGGACCAAGAAGAUCGACGGCUUCGCAUACGCGAGGAGAGAUCCUUCCGUCUCUCUCGAAGUCACUCUCGGGGUUAUCCAGAAGGAGUACAUUGACACGGGCAAGAUUGGGGGCGUUUACGUUUCCGAGUGCAGCGCUGAGACCAUCCACGAGGCUUCAAAGCAUGCCAAGAUUAUUGCAGCAGAGGUUGAGCUGAGCAUGUUCAGCCCGGACAUCUUGAACAACGGGGUUGCUGCGGCGUGUGCCCAGUACGACAUCCCGAUUCUGGCAUAUUCUCCUAUCGGGAGAGGUAUGCUUACGGGAAGAUUUACCGAUGUUUCCGACGUCAAGAACUUAGGGAUGAUUUCUCACUUCCCCCGAUUCCAGGCAGAGGCGUUGGAACACAACCUCAAGCUCGUCAACCAAGUCAAGGCUCAGGCAGAGAAGAAGGGAUGUACUCCGGCCCAGCUUGCCCUUGCGUGGCUACGAGGUCUCAGCAACAGCCCCGGCCUGCCAACCGUCAUCCCCAUCCCGGGCGCUACCACCAAGGCCCGGGUUGAGGAAAACGCCGUGGUCAUUGAACUAAGUGAGGAGGAGAUGAAGACUAUCAACGACAUUGUGCACAGCUUUCAGGUGUCCGGGACCCGCUACCCUCAGGGCGCGCCAACCGAGACUUAGGAAGAGAAACA